AUGUCGUCACGCUUGCGGGCGCCCGCCCGCCUCACCCAGAUCUCGCAGCAUUUAGAAGCAAAGCCAUUCCUGGAAUUGAACACGCCCUUCUCCAGCGAACGCAUCACCCGCCUCGAAGACGACCACGGCAGCCGCAUACUGCCCAAGAAGAUUGCAGAAGUAAGGGCCGACGUCAAGCAGGUCCAGAAGGAAGUCAGGGAGAUCCGAGCUAUCCAGGAGUCCCACGAGUCCAAGAACAAAGCUCCGGAACCGCCAGCCAAGAUGUCGAGCCAAGCACCGCACCCUGCCCUGCUCAUUCCCGGGCCCAUUGAGUUUGACGAUGCCGUCCUCAACUCCAUGAGCCACUACAGCGAAUCACAUGUCGGCCAGCCAUUCGUAAACACCUUCAGCGAAGUCCUCGGCAACCUGCGCAAGCUUUUUGUGUCGACCGACCCGGCUGCCCAGCCCUUUGUCAUCUCCGGCUCUGGCACCCUCGGAUGGGACCAGGUCGCCGCCAACCUGGUGGAACCCGGCGACGAGGUGCUCGUUCUGCACACGGGCUACUUUGCCGACUCAUUUGCCGACUGCUUCGAGACAUAUGGCGUCAAGGCAACACAGCUCAAGGCGCCCAUUGGCGAGCGCCCGCAACUCGACGAGGUUGAGGCAGCAUUGAGGGAGAAGGAAUACAAGAUCUUGACUGUCACGCACGUCGACACUUCGACUGGUGUCCUGAGUGAGAUCAAGGCAUUGAGCGAGCUCGUCCAUAGGGUCAGCCCCGAGACAUUGUUCGUAGUCGACGGUGUCUGCAGUGUUGGCUCUGAGGAGAUCCGCUUUGACGAGUGGAAGCUUGAUGCCGUCCUCACAGCUUCGCAGAAAGGCAUUGGCUGCCCAGCUGGUUUGAGCAUCAUGAUGGUGUCUGGCCGCGCAAUUGAGAGGUUCCACGCAAGGAAGACACGGCCAACUUCCUACUUUGGCUCAUGGAAGAACUGGUUGCCAAUCAUGCAAAACUACGAAGCCAAGAAGCCAUCCUACUUUGCAACUCCCUCGCCACAGCUCAUCCACGCUCUCGACACUGCCCUCAAGCAGAUUCUCUCCCGUCCUGUUGAAGACUACUGGGCUGCUCACAAGGCUGCCUCCCAAAAGGUGAAGCAGGCCGUUGCAGACCUAGGUCUCAAGCAACUUGCUUCCAAGCCCGAAAACCAGGCCAAUGGCAUGACCGCCAUCUACCUUCCCGAGGGCAUGACACCCCCACAAGUCCUCCCCAACCUUCUCAAGAAGGGCGUCGUCUUCGCCGGUGGUCUGCACAAGGAGAUUGCAACCAAGUACAUUCGAUUCGGCCACAUGGGCGUCAGCGUCACAGACCCGAAGCGCCCAGACAUCACCAAGGCCAUUGAGAGCCUGAAGGAGGGUCUAUUCGAGGCCGGAUACAAGGCCUAGAAAAAGUAUGGUUUGAUGAAAUACUACAACAAUAUACAGAAAAGCAGAUACCAGAAUAGAAACG